AAUACAUUCUGUUUAUUUACAAUACUUGACUGGUGAACAAUUGAGCCUAGAUUUCUCCAACACGAGCGAUACCGAAUUUAUUACUGAAAAGCUAAGUAUGAGUAUGAAGUAUUUUGUACUCUUAUCCUGUUUGGCAUACUAUGCCACGUCAAUCGAGACUGAUCGAGAAGAUGAUAACAUACCUAUUGUCCAUUCCGAGGAUUCUACUGCGAUUGCAGAGCAAGUCAAACAAGAUCAAGAUCAGUUGGAUGCUAAGCUAAGAGAAGACCAGUUCGAAUCGCUAUUGAAAUCGUGGCGGGCAAUAAAAGUUGGACAAAAAAUUCCAAAGGAACAGAUAUUAUCUUUUUUCGGUACAAUAAAAGUGGACAGCAAAGGUCACAAUGAAGUAGCGGAAUUUCUCAACAUUUUGGAUGAACGCGGUCUUGGUGAAGAUGGGAUGGAAGUAGUAGAUUUUAAUGCCUGUGUUUUAGAGUUUAUGAAAAAAAUGAAUUGGUACGAUGAAUUUAUUCAAGAGGAACAGCAGAGUAUGUGUCAGAGAAGAGGAUGUCACAAUUAUGGCUGUGACAAAGAAUCCAUUCAUGCAGAAAAUCCGAGCAUGUGUCAGUGCAGCGAAUGUCACUAUUAUAGCUCCACCGUGCUGUCAGACAACACUAUCACGGCGUUAAGUAAUGCGGUUGGAAAGAUAAAAGUAACCGAUAUGAACAACGGAAAAAUGACCUUGGAAGAGCUUCUACAAAUUUUGGAUGAAACGCAAGUAGAUUCGGACCUAGAAGCCUUUUGUACAUAUUUGUUAGCAAAAGUUUCCGCCGAUGGAAUUGAAGAACCUAUUAUUAGUCCCGGAGAGUUUAGAAAGAUGAUGGACGAGUUCAACGAAUUGGAAAAACAUAAGAUCAUGUUUAAGUCUGUCGACUCGAAUGGUGAUGGUAAAGUUACUGUAGACGAAGUACACACCUAUUUGAGGUCACUUGGCGGUAUUUGGGAUACAAAAAAUGCUGUAAAAAUGCUCGAAUCAGCGGAUAUCGAUGGUAACAAAGUCAUUGAUUUGAACGAGUUCAUAAAGAUGAUCCACAAUGCAAAUAUUUGCUUAAACUGCACUAAUGAAUUCCAUGAAAUGGAUUUGAACCAGGACAAUACUCUUUCGAAAGAUGAGUUGCAGGAUGGAAUGGACAAAAAGUUUAACAAAGUUUGUGAAACACAAGUAGGAAAAGUUUUUGACAUUUUGGAUGGCAACCAUGACGGCAAAAUAACCGAAAAUGGUAACAAACACUAAUAAAAAAAUUGUUUUUAUAAAAAAAAAUAUACUUGUUUUGCAGGGUAGUUACAAAAGAGUAUUACAAACUUCAUUAAUGUUUAAUGAACGUUGUGGUAUUAUUUAGCAAUUACCCUGUGCAGUUAUGUUUUAAAAAUAAAUAUUAUUUUUUCAGAGUUUAUAGUGUCGCGUGGUAUUUAAGCUAAAUUAAUUUAACAUACUAUACAAGUUAUAAUUACUGUAUUAAAUUAUAUAUUAUAAUUCGUUUGUUUUGACAUUGUUACAAUUCUAAAUUUAAAUUAUGUUU